CGCAGUCAUGUUGUUAGUAACUAUCCACAGAAUGACCACUCACUCGUUCUCCACCUCUCCCGCUCGCCCCCUCCUCCUCGUCUAUCCAUCCCAAAGCUGUCAUCCCGUGUGUGCUCGGCUCAAUCCCCUCAACGCCCAGAUGAGAGAGAGUCGAGCCACAGAGCCAGGCGACGUACGCGGCGUUGGCAACAUGGUGGCGUGAGAGAGGCUCCGAGUGAGGGAAGGGGGAAAACAGACAUCACUCACCCGAGACAGGAGUGCGACGGUGGGGGGCGACCGACCGACAGGCCGACCGCUGGAAUCUGGGACUUCUUCUUUUAUUUUAUUUUUUCCACCGGAACCUCUGUUGGGGGAAAGUACCGACGGCGAGGGAGGCGAGACGCGACGUUGUACUUCCGCCGCUUCAAGGUGCUGUCCUCUUUGGUCGGUGAGAGAACGUGCGGACAGGCUGUCUCACAUUAAAAUAUGGAAUGCUCUCUGCACUCAGCAUCACUAGUCUCUAAUCUUUGGACUCAACUCCAAAAGCUUAGUUAACAGCUGUGCUCCACCCCUCCAACUCUUUCUGACCAGGGGACGAAGAAAAGGAGCGGGCCUAUCAACUCCUCCGCAAGCAGCCAAGAACACGCGCGGAGCUCUUUCCCUUUUUAGAAUAUUUAAGAUUUUAUUCUCUUUCUUCCGGGUGAAAGCAUAUCAAAAUGGAUCUGAAUUCGUAUCUGUGGAUGGUAAUUCUUGGCUUCAUCAUUGCCUUCGUCUUGGCCUUUUCGGUGGGCGCCAACGACGUGGCCAACUCGUUUGGCACGGCGGUGGGCUCCGGCGUGGUCACGCUGAAGCAGGCCUGUAUCCUCGCUUCCAUCUUUGAGACGCUGGGCUCUAUGCUGCUGGGGGCUAAAGUGGGCGAGACCAUCCGCAAAGGCAUCAUCGACGUCAACCUGUACAACGAGACGGUGCCUGUGCUUAUGGCGGGCGAGGUCAGCGCCAUGGUCGGCUCGGCAGUGUGGCAGCUCAUCGCCUCCUUCCUCAAACUGCCCAUUUCCGGAACCCACUGCAUUGUGGGCGCCACUAUCGGCUUCUCCAUGGUCGCCAUAGGCACCAAGGGCGUCCAGUGGAUGCAGCUGGUUAAGAUAGUGUCGUCGUGGUUCAUCUCCCCCUUGUUAUCUGGACUCAUGUCUGGAGUCCUCUUCCUUCUCAUCAGGAAUACCAUUCUCAACAAGGAAGAUUCUGUUCCCAAUGGCCUGCGAGCGCUGCCUCUCUUCUACGCCACCACCAUUGGGAUCAACACCUUCUCCAUCAUGUACACUGGAGCUCCAUUGCUGGGGUUAGAGAUGCUGCCGGUGUGGGCCAUCUUUCUCAUCACCUUGGCCGGAUCGCUGGUGUGUGCAGCUCUGGUCUGGAUCUUCGUCUGUCCCUGGAUGAAGAGGAAAAUAGCAAGCCGUCUAAAGAAGGAGCAGGCUUUGUCCAGGAUCUCCGACGAGAGCCUGGACAAGAUCCCCGAGGAGGAGGAGGAGAGCCCCGUCUUUAAAGAGCUGCCUGGGGCCAAGGGCACAGAUGAGGCUGUGCUGCCGCUAACUGGGGGCAGCAGUGACCGGAAUGCGCGCACCUCCAACACCGAACUCACCAAUCUGACCAACGGUGGCACCGUCAUGCCAAAUGGCCGAGUUUAUGCCCGCACCCAUUCAAUGACCAACGGCUGCCUCAAGUCGCCCGUCUCUAACGGCAGCUUUAGCUUUGACGGUCACAUGCGUAGCGACGGCCAGGUGUACCACACGGUGCACAAGGACUCGGGCCUGUAUAAAGACCUGCUGCACAAAAUCCACCUGGGCCGCAUGGAUGACAACGAGCGUCCUGGCGCCGGCCAGCCCGACAACAACUACCGUCUGCUGCGUCGCAACAAUAGCUACACCUGCUACACGGCAGCCAUCUGCGGGAUGCCCGUGCAGCCGCUAAUGCGCACGGAGUCUCGCGACGACAGCGAGAAGCUGGUCGGGGAGGGCGGCGGCGGGCGCAGUAACAGCGUGUCCUACUCCAAGAAGCGCAUACGCUACGACAGCUACUCGUCCUACUGCAACGCUGUGGCCGAGGCGGAGAUCGAGGCGGAGGAGGGCGGCGUGGAGAUGAAACUGGCUACCGAGCUUGAGGGGGUCGAGGAAGAAGGGGGGUCCGCACCGGUGCCUCUGGACGACCUGGCUGAGGAGGAUCACGAGGAGAAGGAUAAGUCGGAGGUGUUUCUGCUUUUCCACUUCCUGCAGAUUCUCACUGCCUGUUUUGGCUCCUUCGCCCACGGAGGCAACGACGUCAGUAAUGCCAUCGGACCGUUGGUAGCGCUGUGGAUGAUCUACGACCAGGGUGGUGUGAUGCAAGACGCCGCCACUCCCAUCUGGCUGCUGUUUUACGGCGGCGUGGGCAUCUGCGCUGGCUUGUGGGUGUGGGGCCGCCGGGUCAUCCAGACCAUGGGGAAGGACUUGACUCCCAUCACACCCUCAAGCGGAUUUUGCAUUGAAGUAAUGAGUGCGCUAACAGUGCUUGUUGCAUCAAAUGUGGGCAUCCCAAUAAGCUCCACCCACUGCAAGGUGGGCUCAGUGGUAGCCGUGGGCUGGAUCCGCUCCAGGAAGGCGGUGGACUGGCGCCUCUUCAGGAACAUCUUCCUGGCGUGGUUCGUCACCGUGCCCGUGGCCGGCCUGUUCAGCGCCGCCGUCAUGGCCGUGUUCGUGUACGGCAUCCUGCCCUACGUGUGAGGGAGGCGCCACCGCGGAAGACCCGAGGGUCCGACAGGAAGGCCAGAGAGUUGCUCGCUUGGUUGCUUGGUGGAGGUAAAGCAAGCAAAAGAAAGAAAAAGAAAAGGCUGUGAGGUGGGUUGGUUCACAUGCACAAUUCGAUCUACUGUACAUAAUGGCGCAAAUCAAUGUACACACGUCCAAAAGACUACAAAUAUGGCAGAAGCAAUUAUAACUCCAACAAACCAACUGUACAUAUUAUUCAUAUCAUUGUACGGUAUUGAGUGUGCUCAACCAACCCCUCUCACUUUAGCCAGCUGCAAGAGGAGGAGGAGGUGGAGGAUGAUGAUGAUGAUGAUGAUGGAGGGCUGAUCACACUGUCGGCUUCUUUAUUUUUUAUCACGAUACCAUACAAAAAAAACAUGAUUCACUACAGAGUUGAUUUUUUUUUUUUUUUUUUUGUCUGUUUGUAUGGAUUUUUAAAUGAUGUACUGUAAAUACUGACCUUCAAGAGUUGAGGGGGCGAGAUGGCAGAUCAUGUUUUGCUGUAUUUUUUUAAACUGUCAGGAAAUGGGUUAUUCUCUGCACCUUUUCAUCACAAUGUCAUAGCCAGAGUAUGUUUCAUCGCGCUAUUUUUAUGAGAAAUCUAUUCGAGAAUGUCAUUUCACAAGAAGAAAAUUUGCUCCUUGGUAUAAUGUCAAGGCGGUCCAAUAGGUGGCGAUAGUGUGCCGCAUAGCUGGUUGCCAAGUCAAAAGAAGAAGCGGACCUACUGGCUAAUCGGUUUUAGGUGGCUAUAUUUGAAAAGAAAAAUAGAUAUAUUUAAAAAAAAAAAAAAAAAAAAAAAAGGUGAGUCUUUCGAGUGAUUCACCGUGCCAAAGUUAACUAUUUUAAUCACCAUGACAACUUUUUAAAAAAAAUUUAAGGUGCAGCGAGAAGCCAAAAUACUACGAAAAAGUGGUCAUAUCUGCCUUUUUCUCGUUUUAAAAAUAUGUUCUUUCCAUUUAGUGUCACGUGACAAAUGUGCUCUAAUGAGAUGCCUCAAUGUGUCAUAUCAAAACAAUAGUACAGUAUUAAUAAUAUGAAUAUUAAUAUGCAGAGCUUACUGUAUCUUCUCACAUGUGUAGCUCUUCCAAACCUGCUGUUUGACUCCGAGAAAGUAUAAAUGACAUCACCAAUACUGGUCAUCACCAGUUUUUGAACUGGAUCAUGUGAACUGUAGAUGAACAAAAACUUAUGUUUGUUUUAAUUUAUCUGAACAAUAUCAAGUUGCUUGUGGUGUUUUUUUUUUUUUCCACUUCUCUUUUCCUACUUUAAUUCAUUUCCGAACAUGAACAAAUCUAUGCUUACGUCGUAGCCACUUGCCUUUUGUAACACGUUGUGUUUCCUUUGUGCUCGAUAAUUAAGUACUGUGGUGUUUACAUUGUAAACUACCAAGGAGUGUUAGGGCAACACUGAAAAGAAAAAAAUAUAUAAUCACACCACGCGAUUAAAGUCGGAAUUUUACAAGAAUAAAGUCAUAUAUUUUUUAUGUAAAAAAAUAAAAUGUACAUCCCAUUCGUAAAUAAAAAUAAUAAUAAUAAAUAAAUAAUAUAUAUAUAUAUAUAUAUCACACCAUGAGAUUAAAGUCGGAAUUUUACAAGAAUAAAAUCGUAUAUUUUCAAUGUUUAAAAAAAAUAUAAAAAAUCAAUAUGUCUACGAUUUAAGUAAAAAAAUUACAUUAUAUUAGUAAAAAAAAAAAAACACAUUCUCAAAAAUAUACAAUCUGGUAUUGAACAUUUUCUUUUUUUUUCUUGAAAAUAUGACUUGUGAAUGUGUAAUAGCUUUUAUCAAAGGAUUAUUUUCCUUAAAAAUUAACAAUUUUAUUGUUAUAAUAGUACGAUUUUAAUCUAAAGAAAUACAUUUAAUCUCAAAAUAUACUAUUUUCUCAACCAUAUAACUUUAUUCUCGUAAUUUUGUGACUUUAAUAACAUAUGACUUUCUCAAAAAAUCGGACUUGUUAUAAGAAAAAAAAACUUGAAAUAUACAACUAUUGUCGUGAUACUACAAUUGAAUUCAUUGAAAUUUAUUCUUGUAAUAUUAUGACUUUAUUCUUGAAAAUGUGACUUUAAUCUCUUUAAUCUCAAUUUUUUCUCAAAAAUAUAUUCACAAUUAUUGCGAUGACUUUUUAUCUCAUAAUCUUUAUUUUUGCAAUAUUAUUACUUCAAGAAAAUAUUUGACCCUUGUUUUUAUAGUAUUACGACUUUAAUCUUGAAAAUAUGACUUUUUAGCUCAAAUAUAAAAUUUUAUUUUCUGAAUAUUACAACUUGUUAGCUCAAAAAUGUGACUUUUUAUCUUGAAAAUCUACAAACCUAUUUUAGUAAUAUAAUUUUUUAGCCCCCCAAAAUAUAUACAAUGUUAUUUUCAGUAGUAAUGUAAUGAUUUUAUUUUUUUUUCCUUAUCUGUGUGGCCCUAUCUCCCUGUUAGUAACCAUAUCAAGAUGACCUGGGGAAAAACAAGAAAAGGUCAACAUGCCUCAUGAUGCCAAUGACAGUUUUCCCACUAACCAGAAGUGUCUAGAGAGAGAGAGAAGAAAUGUGUCUGUUAUUUUUCUAGCUGCAGCAGCGCUAACCAUCCCCACGCCACUUGAAUGCCACACGGAAAGGGGUUGAACUAGAGAGCUUUCAUCAAAACUAUAUAUUUUUCUACAAUAUUUUAACCGAGGACGUGGGUUGGCUGCCGAUUAGUUUAAAACUGAAACUCCCGUGUUUGUGUUUGGAUUUGUGGACAACGACAAACUUUGUAAUUUUGUUUCCCUCCUGCUUGGGUAAAAAACAACAACGCAGCCCCGCGGCUAUCCUGCUAGCAUUAGCUGUGUAGCCGGUGGGCCAAAAAUGGCGAGUAUGAUCGUGUAAAAGUUAUACAUGAUGGUAAAAAAAUAAACUGAACAGUGUGUGUGAGGACAUGUAAUAUUUUACUGGGGGCUACUGUGCGUGUGUGCGUGUGUGUGUGUGUGUGGAGGGGGGGGAUCAAAUUUCAGCAAUAAUGGGGAAAAAAUGGAGAGGCAGGUGUCAAAGUUACACAAUAUGGGUAAAAGUUAACUGGAUAGUGUGUUUGAGGACACAUUUUACUGGGGGGCUCAAAUUACAGCAAUAAUAGAACAAUAAACUCAGAGACACGUGGUCGGAAUUAGUUAGCAUCUGUAAGCGUGGAUGCUGUAAAAGGCCGCCUGUUAGCCACCAACUAGCGUGGGUUGUUAAUAACAUGCUAGUCCCGCCCCCCACCCCUUUUUUUUUUUCUUUGUAACUCCCACCACCAUCUUUUUGUGGUUGUCCAAACAUUGUCAGCCCUCGAAGGCCAAAAGCGACGCACUGUACAAGCGUCAACAAACAUCGGCCUCUAGUGGCAGCGUGUGUUAAAGAAGCCUGAUCAAUGGCUGCCAGUGCAAAACAUCCGAGCUAUGAAUAUUUGCGGAAAAACCAAGUACAUUGAACACUCGGAAUGUAAGACAAUGAUUUUUUUUGAUUUUUCAUACAUUUACCCUGAAGAAACACUGGGGUCGAGCGUUUGCCCUUGUAAAACGUUAAAAUACCGUAAAGCUCAUGUUUUGAAGAACGUUUAAGUGCAAAAUUAAGUGGCAGUUAUAAAUACAGCUCUGUAAGGAGACCCCAAAAAAUCACUGGGCCUGUUUUGUGGUGUUUUGACUGUUUUUCAUUUUCCGCGAAUAAAUUAUCCAAAUUACAAUAUUAGAAUUUUGAAUUUGGAAGUUUUGUUUCAUCCCGUAAACAACUGACAAUGUAAAUGUUCAUUUUACUCAAACAUAUACUUUAAAAAAAUAGCAAAAUUGGAGAAACAGACAUUUUUUUCCAGCGCUUCGUAAACGUAAAGUGGCCCUCAUCGAUGAAGAAUUACAUUUUCAACAAACUUUUGUUUCUGUUCUAUUGUUCAUUCUUACUUUUCACAAUUUUUAUAAACUCAAAUAUUAAGCUUCGACGGUUCACUGUACUCGCAAAUAAUAGCAAAUAACCGUGAUGACCGAAAGUGAUAACUGCGCUAGUGCAAAUUAGCGUUCAUUUCAUGUGAUGUCGUGUAUGCACGUCGCGAGUAGGAGGUGACAUUUCUCCCGGUGUGAUCACAGGAAGCGCGUGCGGACCUCGUACCGUACUGUCGUAGUCAAGCAACCAGAGGGACAGAAUGUGCCAUUUUUGUUUUUUUCCCCCUUCUGCCUGAUCAAAGACGUCACUGUUGCUCGUUGCCGCGUAGCUCCGCCCACCCCGCUAUGAUAGCCCCUCCCCCCUCGUGUGUGCGUGGACCCGCCCGAGUGUGAUUGCCUGAUUGACGUGCGUGCCGUAUCGUGGUAGAACAUCCCGAUCCCGGUCCAUGGCCGGCCCCCGGGUUUUUCCAGUUCCGUGUCGUCUUUUAAAUGUUUAGCGCUACUUCCUGUCCGCUCGCCGCAUCACGUCUAAUGUGUGGAUUUAACAAACGAAACAAAAAAAGAAAACCGUAGCCUGCUUCAACAAAAUUUUACUCUGAUUUGCUUCUAUCGUACUGUAAUGUUUUUAUUUAAGAUUUUAGUGAAGAAAAACAAUGUCUGCAUUUAAACUAAAUUAUGGGAAUUAAAAUUACAAAGAACACA